AACCGUUUUGUAAUUUCACUCUUCUCUAUCAUCGAUGCUUUCUUGUCGAUUCGAUUGCCGUUUUUAACCCGUCUUAUAUGUUUUCUUUGCUGGUUUUGGUUGUGGUUUUAAUUGGAAAAGAAAAACAAAAGGAGGGUGUCAUAUACUUUAACAAUAGACGGAGAAUUGUUGUUUUCUGAAAAUGCAAAAGCACAGGAGCAUCGGUUCAAAGUCUUUUAGACAAAGUUCUGAGAAAACUGAACUGUACAGACCCAAAACACCAAUGGGAUCAGCUGAGGAUGCACCCAAAACCCCAUUGGAAUCAGCUGAGGAGGUCAAGCAAUGGGAGGAAGCUAGGUGUCCGAUCUGCAUGGAGCACCCUCAUAAUGCUGUUCUUUUACAAUGUUCUUCUUACGAUAAAGGUUGUCAUCCUUAUAUGUGCAACACGAGCUACCGCCAUUCAAAUUGCCUUGAUCAAUUCUGCAAGUCAUCUGUGUCAUCCCCUUCGACAUUAACAAUACAAGGAAUCCCCAGUGCUAGAUCAAACUUGAAUAGAACUGGGCAAACCAAUAUUUAUGGGAGGGAGUCGGAGCAUAAACUUAGUUGCCCUUUGUGUCGUGGAGAAAUCCAUGGAUGGUUUGUGAUAGAGCCUGCUAGAAAAUUUAUGAAUUCCAAAGCAAGGAUUUGUUCUAAUGCAACUUGUGAUUUUAGUGGGAAUUAUUUAGAACUUAGGAAGCAUGCAAGGUCGAAUCACCCUUCUGUCCGGCCAUCAGAGGUGGAUCCAGAACGGCAGCAUGAUUGGAGAAGGAUGGAACGUGAAAGUGACCUUUCAGACAUAGUUAGUUUGAUCCUUGCUGGAGGAGUAGAAGAAGAAGGUGACCAGACAAGGCUGGAACAUGACAGUGAUUUUUCAGACAUGGUUAGUAUGUUCCAGGCAACAAAUGGGGGAGAAGAAGAGGUAGAAGAAGUGGAGAUAGAACCUGAAUCCAAUUCUCAUGCACUUGCUCUUCAAUCUUUACAUAAUUCAAUCGUCUCAGUCAUGGAAAUCGUCGGAGUCGCUAUGGUGUCUAUGUCAGGGAUGGGCAAUGAAAUUGAGAAUAAUCACAUAAAUAGACAAAAUAACUUCUUUAGACAGAAUAACGAUUCCAGACAGGACAACUUUAGACAGAGCAAUAGUUCUAUGCAGAGCACCACUACCACCGGACAGAUAAGUAACGGUUUCAGAAGCAACCUUUAUGGGAGUAACUAUAGAGAGAACAGUUAUAAUAACAGUCUCAACUCUAGACAGAACAACAGUUUUAGGGGCAAUAAUAUCACAGAGAGAAUGCACCAGAGCCGGGUCAACAAUAUUAGAAGAAGAUGGGAUCAGCAGAGGUACAAUGUUAGGAGAAACAGAUGGAAUCAACAGCGUUGGACAGAACAAUAAUAUGAUGACAUCUUAAACGCCUGAGACUUUCUGUUUGAGUUUAUUGUUAUUAUUUUGUAAUUGAAUGCCUAAAUGCAAGAAAAACAAAUUAUGAUUAAA